AUGGUGACCCGAUCUCACCCGUUUGACCCUAUCACUCCGGAGGAAAUCAAGCUUGCCGUGCGCAUCCUUGAGGCAACUUUUCCCGGGGUGUCACUGCGCUACAAGCGGAUCGAUGUCAAUGAACCUAUCAAGAAAGAUGUCCUGCCAUACAUUGAGGCCGAGCGGUUGCGACGACCACUGCCGACGCCACCUGCUCGUCUGCUUUACACUCUGUUCCACCGACUAGACACAGGCGCAUUCUAUAAGGCUAUUCUGAAUGCCGAUACAAGCACCAUUGUCUAUGCGAAAGAGCUUCCACGUGAGGUCCAGGGACCGAUUGACAUCGACGAGAUCACGGAGAUAGAAGAAUUGUGCAUGAAGCACCCCGCUGUAAUUGCUGAAAUCGAGAAAAUGCAGCUUCCGCCUGGUGUGACAGUAUGUAAUGAUCCUUGGAUGUAUGGCACCGACAAUGAGAAUGAGACACGGCGACUAUUCCAGUGCUUCAUGUACCUGCUUUCAGUGGAUGACCCUCAACACAACCACUACUCGUUACCAUGCAAGUUUUCGCCUGUUUUUGAUGGUCUUACCCACGAGCUUAUCAGGAUGGAUUAUCUUCCUGGGGAUGCGGGUGCGGAGACGCAGCAGACCCAGCCUUGGAAGCCUGUCAAGGCAAUUCAAUACGCACACGGCCUUCUCGAUGAACCCGUUCGUACCGAUCUCAAGCCCUAUAUUGUACAACAACCUGAGGGCCCGUCCUACACAUCGGAAGGCAACUCUGUAUAUUGGCAGAAAUGGCGCUUCCGCGUUGGAUUCAACAUCAGAGAGGGUCUGGUCAUUUAUAAUAUUACCUACGAUAAUCGAAAUGUCUUCUAUCGUCUGGCUAUUUCUGAGAUGACGGUGCCAUAUGGAGACCCCCGUGCGCCGUACCACCGUAAGCAGGCAUUUGAUGUCGGCGACACCGGUUUUGGUAUGAAUGCCAAUCAAUUAUCUCUCGGAUGCGACUGUCUGGGUCAUAUUAAGUACUUUGAUGGCUACCGGAAUGACUGCAAAGGCAAUCCGGUGCAAUUGAAGAAUGUCAUUUGCAUGCACGAGCAGGACAAUGGAUUGCAACAUAAGCAUACGAACUAUCGAUCUGGAGCUGCUACAGUUGUGCGCAAUCGACAGUUGGUGUUACAGAUGAUCUGUACAGUUGCCAACUACGAGUACAUUUUUGCAUAUAUCUUUGACCAAGCCGGCAAUAUCGAAUUGGAGGUUCGCGCCACUGGCAUUCUCUCGACUGUUCCAUUUGACAACGAGAAUGGCCAGACUGUUCCCUGGGGCACCAAUGUGGGACCUGGUGUGAUGGCUCCUUUCCACCAACACAUGUUCUCCUUCCGUAUCGACCCUGCCAUUGACGGAUUUAAGAACACGGUGUACUAUGAGGACAGUGUGCCCAUGCCAGAGGAUGAGAAUAACCCUUGGCUAGUUGGCUACACAACAGAAUCUACCGUGAUGAACACUUCCGGCUCGGCGAAAACCAGUGUUGACCGCCACCGUGUCUUCAAAAUCCGGAAUGAUAACGUUACUAAUCCUAUUACUUACAAGCCGGUCUCCUAUAAGCUCCAGACUGCACCAAGUCAGAUGCUACUACUCAGCAAGAACGCACUGGGUUACCGCCGAGCAGAAUUUGGCACGAAGCCUAUCUGGGUCACCAAGUACCAGGAUGAUGAGCUCUAUGCAGCGGGAGAAUUCACCAACCAGAGCCGACGUGCUGAGGGAGUCGAGACGUGGGUGCAACGUAAAGACAAUACGGAGAAUGAGGACGUCGUACUCUGGCACACUUUCGGUCUCACUCACAAUCCUCGCAUCGAAGACUUCCCUGUCAUGCCUAUGGAGCGCGUCAGUGUCAUGCUGAAGCCUGACGGUUUCUUUACCAAAAACCCCGCUUUGGACGUCCCGCAGUCCGUGCAGGCAUUCAAUAAGUCCACUCUCCACCCCGAGGCAGCCCAGCAGGCCUGCUGUGCUGGUCCUUCUGUCUCAAGCAAGGCAAAGCUGUAUAAGCGGGUGGACUAA